AUGAAGACAUGUUAUUAUGAGCUCUUGGGCGUUGAGCAAACAGCCACCGAGCUAGAGUUGAAGAAAGCAUACCGAAGAAAAGCGCUUCAGUUGCACCCGGACAAAAACCCCGACAAUGUCGAAGAAGCCAAUCAUCAAUUUUCAUUAAUCAGCGCUGCCUACGAAGUACUUAGUGAUCCCCAGGAGAGAUCAUGGUAUGACUCGCACAAGCUGUCGAUUCUUAAUGACGAAGACGAGGACGUGGUGGACACGGGAGACUCGCACAUCCCUAGCAUUUCCGCUGAUGAAAUCUAUAGAUUCUUUAACCCCAGUUUGUUCAGCCAGGUUGACGAUUCCAUCAAUGGGUUCUACGUCGUGGCGUCGCGAUUGUUUGAACGGUUGGCGAGAGAGGAGAUUCAGCACGGGAAGUACGCAAAUGUGCCAGGGUAUGCGAACUUUCGCGACGACGACAAUAACGUGAAUGCGUUGGACCCCUCCUUGCUCAAGUUUCCGUUGUUUGGAAACAGCAAGUCGCUGUAUGUUCACUAUGUGAGAAAGUUUUAUAAUGUAUGGAGUGGAUUCAGCACUGUGAAGUCAUUUGCAUGGCGGGAUGAAUAUCGAUAUUCAAGUGCCCCAGAUCGUAGGACUCGUCGAUUAAUGGAGCGGGAAAACAAGCGAUUACGAGACGUGGCCAGGAAGGAAUACAAUGAAGUGGUGAAAAAGUUUGUGGCAUUUAUAAAGAAAAGAGACCCCAGAGUCAAGUCGGGUCAAGAAGAGUUUGAGAAACAAAGAAAGAAGAAACAGAUGGAAGAGUAUAGGAAUCAGAUUAAACAGCUGGCAUUAGACAAGUUGAGACUGACAGGCGAGUUUCAAGAACAGGAUUGGCAGAAGUUAACCGCAGAUGAAUUGGAAGAUAUUGAAGAGUUACUUAAGCAAGAAUACGAGGCGUCUUCAGAUUCAGAAUUUGAUGAUUUUGAAGAUGGCGAGGAGGAAGACGAGGAGAUUUAUGAAUGUAUUAUAUGUGAUAAAUUCUUCAAGAAUGAGCAACAGUUUGAAAUACACGAAGCAUCAAAGAAACAUAAGAAAGCAGUUAGACAAAUGCAGUAUGAAAUGAGACAGGAAGGAAUAGAAUUGGGUAUCGAUAAAGAUGAUAUAGAUUUGGAUGAAUUCGAAACUGCAUCAAGUGGGUUCCUGGAGGACGAUAUCGAUGAUGAACUAGAAAUUGAAGACAUAGAGGAUAUAGAAGAUAUUGAGAACAUAAAAGAAGAAGCCAAAGAAGUUGAGCAAGAACCUUCUCCAGUUAAAUUAGACAACUUUGAAGUUGAUGAUGAAAUCAACAGCGACGACGAAGCAGAAUCUAAGCAACCCAAGAUAGAUGCAGAUUUAGCCAGACUAAUGGAACAUACAAAACUAGAUGAUGAUGAUGACGAUGACUGGUCAGACAACAAAAAGAAGAGCAAGAAGCAAAAGAAGAAAAGUAAAGGUGGAUCAAAAGAGGCUACACCUAAACCAGACACAAAACUAGUCGCUGAGAAAUGUUCAGUGUGUAAUGAAACCUUUGAUUCACGAAACAAGCUAUUCGCUCAUGUGAAAGCCGAAGGACAUGCUGCACCACCACCGAAGUCUAAAAAGAAGAAAUCAAAACGUUAGUUAUUAAUCUAUAAAGUUUCCUUAAUACCAGUUUUUGACAUUUUAACUUUGGCAACAAUUGGCUCAUUGAUACCUUGGUUGCCAUGAGCACCUAAACCUUGACCCUUGACCCAUCCUAGUUUUUCCAACAUUUGUCUACCGACGUUGGAUUGAUCAAUCUCGGGUGCUUCCGCACCAACUAUAUCUCCUUCUCGAACUCGCGCCUUCAGAUCAGCACCUCGGGUGACCUUCUUGGCCUUUUCAGCCUUGUCGGUCUUUGGAGUUCGCUUGACAUCUUGUCUAUGGAAGAUUGGUCUCCCGCGAAGGAUUCGAUCAAUUUGGUCAUAGUUAGGGUAAUACUUGUAUGUAGUUUUGUUCUUGGAAAUCUUCAAGUACUUGUUAGUGGAUUGCCCACAAUUAGUAACACCCAUAUUGUAAUAUUUAGCUAAUUUCUUUAUAGUUUGAUGGCCAUGUGAAUCAAGUUUGGGGAAACUUACACUAGUUCGAUUUUCAUCCUUUAACAACGACUCAAAUUCGUAUCUUAUAUCCUUGAUACGUAAUGCAUCAGGGUACUUUAUAAGUAAAUCAUUAUUCAUGAUUGCUUCUUCUUGAAGUUGUUUCUGUUUCUGGUUUAGCUUGUGCUUUUUGUUUUGCUUGUAGUUUGCCAAUUGCCGAUGCAAGGAUUCUUGUAAAUCGUCAUCAAUGUCCAAAUUUUCGAAGGUCGAUCUAUAUUUCGCUGGGGUGUUAUUUGAGAAAUCGCGAUCUCCAAAAGCAAGGAAUCCCUGACUGCUCGAUUUGGAGUAUUGAAUGAGUGAUUCAAGGUCGUCUUCUUGAUCGACUUCUUGUUCCUCCUCUUCGUCUUCGUCUUCAGACUCACUAUCAUCAGAAAUGUACACUUCCGGUUCAGACUCUUCCUCCUCCUGGUCAAUCAUUCCAUUAGUAACAAACGACAAGAACUUGUCAAGACGAUGUUCCUUGACACCAUGGGCCAACGCAAACUCAAUAACUUCCUCUUCGUCAAUCCAGGCAAAAUCCGAGCCAGUCAAUUCAAGACAUUUGACAUAGUAUUGAUUGUGAAUUCCAAACCGGACGUUUUGCACUUCGAUUCUUGAUACGUCAAAUUCGUAAUCUUCCGGGAGGAAUCCGUACUCUGGUUCUUGCUCUGGUUCGGGUGUGCUUUCUUCAGUAUUUUGUACUGGUUCUGGUUUGAUUAUAGUUGUGGAAGUUGGAGUGUCGAUUAUAAUGUCUAAUGAUUGAGUUUGGACUGGUGGUUCUUCUGGCUCAGCUUUGUUAGCUUUUUCGGGUUCUUGGGCCGGUUCCUCGAGUUCUUGUUCCAUAGGAGAGUCUGAUUCAACCUCGUUAAAUUCUUCCAAAGAAGAGUCAUUUUCUUCAGUAGGAGAGUCAACUUCUUCGGGAGCAUGCCCAGAUGGUAGCAGUUGAAACAGACGUCCAGCUAUGUUAUCUGAAUGUGGCUGUAACUGUUCACCUAACUCUUCAGGAGUCUCCUGAUGUCCUGAUGAUCUGAUAGGUUCAGGAGAUUCAUGUCUCAUAUUAUUCUGCCAUUUUUGCAUUGAUGCUUCUAGAUAAUUUUCAUCGUUGUGGUCAUCCUCUACUAUAUCCUCGUCGUCUUCAAACUCUACUGCGUCUUCAUCGAAGUAGUCAUCAUUUUCUUGUGAAGACUC